AUGAAAUCGAAUGAAGCUGCUGAAGGUGCGGAUGACAAAAUUGCUCUCGAUCGAGAAAUACCUGAUCCACUUGUUGUAACUGAGAAACUGCACGCCAAACGUGAAAAUAUUUUGUGGGCUUGCAAAAGCAAUUGUCUGCAGGCUGUCAGAGACUUAGCAACAACCGAAGGUGGAUUAGUCACUGAUAGCAUACGGCGCAAGGCUUGGCCCCUCCUGCUCGGCCUGAAGAACGAUGGCAAUGAGGUUCAAAAAGAGGACCUAAACAACAUCAGCUGGAAGGAUUUACCACCUCAUCCUGAUGAAGAUCAGGUUAAGCUUGAUGUGAAUAGAUCAUUUAUUUAUUAUCCUACAGGCCUAUCUUUAAAGGAAUUACAAUUGCGUAAAGAACAACUAUCAGAUUUAAUAAUAGAAAUAUUGCGACGCUCACCUUAUCUUUCGUAUUUCCAAGGAUAUCAUGAUAUAUGUCAAGUGUUCAUGCUAGUCCUUGACUCCAAAAAAUGUGCGCCAGCCAUUGCUCGACUAUCUAUUCUGAGGAUUAGAGAUUUCAUGUUGCCUACUUUUUUUCACACACUUGAACAACUUUUUUUAAUACCGUCUGUGCUACAUUCAAUCAACCCCAAGCUCUGGAAGCAUUUGUCUACUACAAAACCGUAUUUUGCGCUCUCUGCAACGCUCACCAUGUUUGCCCAUGAAUUGCAAGAUUAUGAUGAAGUAACCCGAUUAUUUGAUGUUCUACUCGCACGAGAGGCCGUGUUUUCUAUAUACAUGUAUGCUCAGAUAAUUCUACAGCGCUCUGAGGAACUAUUUCAAAUCCCUGCCGAUGAAUCUGAUAUUUUGCACUCCACCCUUUCAAAGCUUCCACGUCCUCUAGGAAUUGACAAUCUGAUCGAAAAUACCAUUAAGUUAUUCGAAAAACAUCCGCCAGAGUCAUUGAAGGAAUGGCAAUCCAUUUCUAGUUUUAGUGUCCUGAAGACUGCACGAUGGCCGGAUCAAAUACUACAUCAUUCUCUCGAUGACGGUGCUGAGUUUUUCAGAAAGCAAGCCAGAGAGCAAAGACAGGCAGAAACCAUAGAGAUGCUACGCAAAACGAUAUGGAAAUAUCGGAAACCAGCAUUCACAAUCUGUCUCUCUAUCAGUGUCGGUGUUUUAGCUAUUUGGAUAAGAAUAUCGCUUGAUAAAAAUUAUCUCUCUAUGAUAAUGUGA